UUAGUGUUGCUAGCAGAAUAGUAGUGCAGCUUCCUACAUAGGGUUUUCAUAAAAAAAUAACCAUGGCGGCCACUGAAAUAGCUAGGCAAGCGGGAGAAGGUGCUCGUGCCGUCCCUCUAGCCGGCCAUGUCGGCUUUGAUAGCAUGCCCGACCAGCUGGUCAACAAGUCUGUCAAUCACGGCUUCUGCUUCAACAUCCUCUGUGUCGGGGAAACGGGCCUGGGCAAGUCCACUCUUAUGGACACCCUGUUCAACACCAAGUUUGAGGGCGAGCCCACCCAGCACAACCAGCCGGGCGUGCAGCUCAAGUCCAACACAUACGAGCUCCAGGAGAGCAACGUGCGCCUCAAGCUGACCGUGGUCAACACUGUGGGCUUCGGAGACCAGAUCAACAAAGAGGACAGCUACAAGUCUAUUGUUGAGUUUAUCGACACCCAGUUCGAGGCCUAUCUGCAGGAGGAGCUGAAAAUCAAGCGCACGCUACACAGCUACCACGACACGCGCAUCCACGCCUGCCUGUACUUCAUCGCGCCCACCGGACACUCCCUCAAGUCCCUGGACCUGGUCACUAUGAAGAAACUGGACAGCAAGGUCAACAUCAUCCCCAUCAUCGCCAAAUCAGACGCCAUCUCCAAGAGCGAACUGACCAAGUUCAAGAUCAAGAUCACCAGCGAGCUGGUCAGCAACGGCGUUCAGAUCUACCAGUUCCCCACCGACGACGAGACGGUGGCAGAGAUCAACUCCACCAUGAACGGCCAUUUGCCGUUCGCCGUUGUGGGCAGCACGGAGGAGGUAAAGAUCGGCAACAAGAUGGUGAAAGCGCGGCAGUACCCCUGGGGAACGGUGCAGGUGGAGAAUGAGAGCCACUGUGACUUUGUGAAGUUGCGGGAGAUGCUGAUCCGGGUAAACAUGGAGGACCUGCGGGAGCAGACACACACGCGCCACUAUGAGCUCUACCGCCGCUGCAAGCUGGAGGAGAUGGGAUUCAAGGACACGGACCCCGACUGCAAACCCUUCAGUCUGCAGGAGACGUACGAGGCCAAGAGGAACGAGUUCAUGGGUGACCUGCAGAAGAAGGAGAGAGGAGAUGAGGCAGAUGUUCGUCCAAGAGUCAAGGAAAAGGAAGCCGAACUGAAGGAGGCCGAGAAAGAGCUGCACGAGAAGUUUGACCGGCUCAAGAAGCUGCACCAGGAUGAGAAGAAGAAGCUGGAGGACAAGAAGAAAUCCCUGGAUGACGAGCUCAACGGCUUCAAGCAGAAAAAGACRGCCGCCGAGCUCCUGCAGUCCCAGGCCCAGCAGGCAGGGGGCUCAACCACACUCAAGAGGGACAAGGAGAGGAAAAAUUAACUCCUCCCCCCACUUGCUGCAUGCUGCAUGAGACAUCUUGUCCUGUUCAGGAUUCCUGUAGAAAAGUGCUUCCUCCCUCAGCCAGCUGUGAAUGAGUUUUCACCCCAUCCCUGGCAGUGCCAUGCUGUUCUCUGUGCCCUCCUGUCCUCCUUUCCCCCAUUCCAACCCCCCACACAUGCCCCUGCUCUGAGGAAGAAUCCAGCCAUUACUGUGAAUGGGAAUCCUUGCAUGCUCCUUUUGUACGUUUUUCACAAGCCAUCAUUCUGCGUUUGCCUGUKUUUUUUUUUUUAUGUUGGAAGGUAGACAUUCUCUUUUCGUUGUUGGCCUGUUCCGCAUGACUGAGCGCGCUUUUAAACUUUCACACGCGAAACUACUGUUUUGACCGGCAGGAGUUUGUGGAGGCUAAGGUGAAACGCACAUCGGCUAUGGUCUGACCCAAAGCGAGUGGUGUGUGUGUGGCAUGUAAUCCGUGGCUCACUGCAUGUACUUGGCAGGGGCAGCAUAUUCACGUCCGUGUUUCAUACCACCACUAUUCUACUCACUCCAACGGUGUCCGAAACCACUCCAGUAGUUUGAGAUCAUGAAGAUGUGCACUGAUAUCGUAUUGACAUACAAUGCAUAAUUAGUGAAAAUGAAGACACGAUCGUAGUAUGUUUUAAAUGAGGGCAUGUUGUCCACCGCCCAUUCAAGAGAGUAGCCCGGUCCCAGAUCUGUUUGUGCUUUUGCCUACUCCAAACAUUGCAUGAGAAUGGAUCAGUUACAGGAAGUUGGCAUGACAGCGCAAACAAACUGGCGCUGAGGCUAUCAAGACGGCGAGUGUUAAUAGGGAACAGCUGAUGUUAUUUMGUCUUAGCCCGGUGCAUGUGAAGAUAUUCAUGCUUGUCAUCUCUUUGCCAUACCUCACUGUUUAUAAUAUACUUUGUGUUAUCUGCAUACUUGUUAGCUUUUGACAUUUUACACCAAAUAUGAUUUUGUAUCUUUCUAGUGCAAUUUAAACCGAAUCCAUUUAAAGAAAUAACAAUCAUGUAGGGAUCAGUAUUACACUUGUAUCAGUGUUACACAAAAAGACUUAAUAUCCAAAGGAAAUAAAGCGUGAAUUUGACCAAAUAUUUCAACUGUGGCCACGAUUUAUUGUGUAUGAAAUGCAUAAUGAAGCAGUAUUUUAAACAUACAGUAUGUGAGUGGGUUCUGCAAAUGUGAGGAUAUGAGGGUUUCCCAUAGAUUCUGAUUACAGUUGAAAACACUUGGUUUGGUCUAGAUAUUUAACUCCUUCAAGGGCUUUGAGAUGUCACGCCAUUUGUUAUUGUCAAAACAACUCUCCUUACAGAGCAAAAUUGUCUGCAGACCUGAAUUCAUAGGGCUGGAUCCUAACUUGGACUUUCUUAUUAAUCAUGCCUUGGAAGUCAAUGGAACACUUGCAUGAGCAUUUAAGUUAGGUGCAUACAUGUCGUGUUAGUAUUCAGCCUUAUAGUGCUGCACUGCUUUUGUCCGAACAGACUGAGCCAGUAGUCGUUCUCCAUUCCUCCUCGAGAAACAGGAUUGGAACACUCCUUUGUUUGGCAGAUGAGUGUGAGCGCCAAGGAGAUUGUUGGUUUUUAUUUUCAAUUCCACUUCCUUCACAUCUGUAUCUUGAGGACAGGGUGUUGUUUAU